AUGAUCAAAGUGUAUGUGAUUAUCUUGUGUUAUACUUCUUUAAUAGCGUUUCUGUUGGUGGAUUUUGGUGAAGCAAAUGACAAUGCACAUCUUAGACCAAAAAGAUAUUUAAGUUUCAAAAAUAAUACACGUUUCUUCCUCCGCCUCAACUUCAAAGCGAACAUGGUGCCAUGGAACCAGAUAUUCGCCCAGGCAUUAGGGUUCCGCAUGAAUUGGGACGAAGCCCCGGAUUCUUUUCACCCAUACCAUCACUUCCAGAGGAGAAGUGUCUACAACAGUUUAGAGAUUUUGAUGGACAAGAACGGACUGAACGGCUACCAUUGCAUACGUCGGGCCAUUUGUGAGAUGAGGCAGGUCAACGAACCGAGAGAGAUAUACCACAGAAUUUUGAAAAUGGUUUUCAGUCAAAAGUCUUCUGCAACAGAGAAAUGGCACAAUGCAACGAGAGAAGAGUGUAUAAGAUCAAUAAACUUAUGUCCGUUAUCACUACUUCAAGUAUCACUAUACACCGACCUUUAG